CCUUAGGUGAUCGAGUAGUAAAAAUCUUGGUGCUUGUAAUUUGUAAAGCUUUUUUAUCUUAAUGAUUAUAUGGUGAAAUACAUAACAAGAUUUUUGUUAUGAUUAGUCAAUUAAUUAUUGAUACAGUAGAUGUUUAGACCCCUUAAAAUGCCUACCAAGAGACUAGAGUCACCAACUUAUGGCCAAUUCCAUGAAGAAAACUAGUGAUUGUGUUAACAGGAUUCUCUCCCAUGAGAUCCCAAGCGAUGUUACAAUUCACAUUGGAGGUGCUUCUUUUUCAUUACACAAGUUUCCAUUGGUGUCAAAGUGUGGUUACAUAAGAAAAAUUGUAUCCAACCACAAAGAUUCUGAUAUUUUAGUAAUUGAAAUCCCUGAUGUCCCUGGAGGCCCUGAAGGAUUUGAACUUGCUGCAAAGUUUUGUUAUGGAAUAAAUUAUGAAUUAUCAACAGAAAACAUUUCCAUAGUGAGAUGCGUUUCAGAGUUUCUUGAAAUGACAGAAGAUUAUGCAAUUGGAAACCUUGUAACAAGAUCUGAAGCCUAUUUAGAUGAAGUAGCACUUAAAACAUUAGGUGGUGCUGUUACCAUUUUGCAAUCAUCAAUAAAUUUGUUACCAAUGGCUGAAAAAGUGAAGUUAAUUACUCGGUGUAUUGAUACUAUUGCAUAUAUAGUGACCAAAGAAAGUGAGUUUUGCUUUGGUGAUUUGGUUUCCUCUUCAUCAAAUAUGAAAGCUAUAGUUGAUUGGAGGGUUGAAGAUUUAAUUAUGCUUAGAAUAGAUGUAUUUCAAAGGGUUCUUCUUGCAAUGAUAUCAAGGGGAUUUAAACAAUAUGCACUUGGUCCGAUUCUAAUGCUUUAUGCUCAGAAAUGUCUUCAAGGUUUGGAGGGUCUCGUAAAGGAGAAGAAAAAAAUCGACUCAAAACAAGAACACGAAAAGAGGAUAGUUCUAGAAACAAUAGUAAGCCUCCUACCAAGAGAAAGAAACACAAUUUCGGUCAGCUCUCUUUCAAUGUUACUUCGGGCAGCCAUAUACCUUGAAACAACAAUGGCAUGUAAGCUAGACUUAGAAAAGCGAAUGGGCUUACAACUCGGGCAGGCAGUCUUGGAUGACAUACUAAUUCCAUCUUUUCAUUUUGAUGGUGACAUAUUGUUUGAUGUUGAUACUGUCCAAAGAAUCAUGAUGAAUUACCUUGAAUAUGAAUUAGAAUCUACAAAUAUCCAAGAAAAUAACAUGGAAAAAGUUGGAAAAUUAAUGGAAAGUUAUCUUGCUGAAAUAGCUUCCGAUAGGAAUUUAGAAUUGUCAAAAUUUAUGGAUUUUGUUGAACAUAUUCCAGAACAAGCUAAGGUAUCAGAUGAUGGAAUUUAUAGAGCCAUUGAUAUUUACUUGAAGGCUCAUCCAACAUUAAGUGAUAUGGAAAAAAAGAAAGUUUGCAGCUUGAUGGAUUGUGAAAAGCUUUCACGUGAAGCAUGUGCACAUGCUGCCCAAAAUGACAGGCUACCUGUGCAAACUGUGGUUCAAGUUCUUUUCUACCAGCAACAACGCUUAAGAGACACCAUGGGUGGUGAUGGUCUAAUAGCAGUUGAACCCUCCACCACCAUCACCACUGCACCACCACCACCACCAACAAGCCAUCAUCCCAUGAGCUUUCAUGGCUAA